AAGCAGUUUUUUGGUCGGAAAUCGGUAAACAUAAGAGGCAGAGUACGAUAAUCUGGCAGCGUUGGUGAGCGGUGGGGGUAGGGUGGCUGUUCAAUGACUCGCGGUGAGAUAAGAGGAUAAAAUACACCAUGGCACUUCAAACCUACUGCCAAUCCUUGCCCAAAGUAGAGCUACACGCCCACCUGAGCGGCUCUCUCAGCGAUGCCACGGUGCUGAGCCUCAUAAGAACCAAGUCACAGAAAGGUGCUGACUCCUUACCUGCAUCAGCUGAGGUCACCAUCAAGAGAGGUCAUCAACGCACCCUAGAAGAAUGCUUUCAAGUCUUCAGGAUCUUGCAUUCCAUUACUGAUAGUCUAGAAGCUGUGAGAACCAUCACUUUGGAUGUGAUUCAAGAAUUUGCCUCAGACAACGUGAGGUACCUCGAGCUCAGAACAACUCCCAAGGACAUUCCCAACAAAAUGACCAAGAAGGAGUACAUGAACACUGUCCUGGAGGCCACAAUUGAGGCGAUGAAGAGGAACAACAUCACUGUUCGUCUUUUGUUGUCUGUGGACAGGGCGAGGGGCGUGGAGGAUGCAUGGUCCACCCUCCAGCUGGCUAAGGAGUAUCUCACACAUGAUACCUUUGGCUGUCUGGUAUGUGGUCUUGAUGUGAGCGGUAACCCUCACUCAGGAGACCUGAAAGAGUACCUACCCAUCCUGCAGGAGGCUCAGAGGAGUGGCCUCAAGUUGGCUGUUCACUUGGCCGAGGUGCCAAAUGAGACAGAGACAUUGGAAGUAUUAAGCAGUGGUCUUGUGGAUCGCAUUGGCCACGGCACAUUCAUCCACCCUGCCAGCGGCGGCUCCACAGCGCUACACAGCAUUGUUAAAGACAAAAAAAUUCCACUUGAAGUGUGUAUCUCAUCGAACAUCAAGUCUGGGACAGUGAAAAAUGUUGUGGAUCACCAUCUUGGUUUGUGGAGGAAAGAAAACCACCCCCUUGUGAUCUGUACAGAUGAUAAAGGUGUGUUUUCCACCUCCCUGAGUGAAGAGUUUUCCCUUUGUGCUCAGACAUUUAGCCUCUCAGAAAGUGACCUGCAUGAACUGUGUCUGGGUGGUGUGGACGCUGCCUUCCUCCCUCAGAAGGAGAAAGAGAAACUAAGGCAGGAGGUGCAGAAGGAGCUGGAUUCUCUGAAGGGAAAGUUAGUUUCAAGAUGCUGCCCGUAGCACCGGUAGACUCUCUUGAGGUCCUUUUUCUUACAUGUAUUUACGUACAAAUUACAUGUAUAGACAACAUCUGCAUAGAUAACGUAAAAGAAAAAAACUUCACAACUACAUUACACGAUGAAUGAUUACGUUAAGGAGUCGGAGGUAUUUUUACCCACUCCAACUCCGGACAAAAGUAGCCGACUCCACCGACUCCAACUCCACACCCCUGAUAUUUCCUGUUGGUUAUCUUGGAAAUCUACAUGGCAAAGUUGUAGAACGGGUAGUAGAAACUCCAUAUAAUGGACAUCUAGGGUAAGAAUAUGUGAUACAUAAAGGAAUUUGAUAAUCUUAAGGGGCUAUUACACUGGGCAAAUUUUCUGUGGAUAUUCAGUCACACCACGAUUUCUGCUAGCGUGGUUCUCAUUUGUUUCUUGUUAUUGCUGCUGAUGAUGAUGGUGAGUAAUACCGUCGUCCUUCUGUGAAAUCUACCGUAGCUUUGGAAGAUUGUGGACACGUCAGAAAACCACAGAAAUAUGAAAACCAUGCCAGUGGAAAUCGUGGUUUGACUGAAAAUCCACGGAAAAUUUGCCCAUUGUAAUAGCCCCUUUAGAUGCUAGAUUGCCAUGUGGAUAGGUAUAUGGUCACAUAUAACUGAACUACCUCUGUGAGCCUUCAAAUAUACUCUUUCUUUAGACUGAAAUGAAACUCCUAAAUCAUUUGUAUUCUUAUCCUUCCUAUGUAAAAAAAUUAUGCUGUCUUUUAGUAUGGCUUUGUUUAUUAUUAGAAACUGAUUGUGUUAAUAUUACAUGUUUGAUGCACAAAAACAUCUUUAGGCAUUCAUUCUAAUAAGACAUUUUUAUUUUUAUUUAUUUUAUUGAACAUGUUACUAUAUAAGAUAUAAUUCUAUACAAGAAAAUAAGAAUUGAACAGUAUUUUACAAGACUUCUUUGUUAAUAGCAACAGCACACUUGUAAAGACUUAGUUGCCAGAGAG